AUGGACGAUCCCAUAGCAGAAAUUCGCGGCAUUGUGCAUAAGUUGACACAAGGCUCUCCGCGACAACAAGAAACAGCUAUCACGAACUACUUUACCAGCGAUGCUAGCUUUACUCACCCCUUCUGCCGCACCGGAAGCUUCGAGGGCAGCAGAUGGCUCAUUCUCCAAAUCUUCCGAUGGUACAAGAUCAUGUCUCCUACUAUCAUCCUCAACGUCAACAGCGUAGCAUACGACGAAGACAAGAUGAUACUCUACGUCAGCAUCAGCCAGAUCUUCUCCAUCUGGUUCGUGCCUCUCCACAAGAGCGCUGUCGACUUGACCACCGUACUGCAACUUGUCCACAAACCUGGUUCGCGGAAAUACUACAUCCAGUCUCAGAACGAUCUCUACCAGGUCGAUCAAUUCUUCCAAUUCUUCGCUCCAUGGGGAAUUGGGACGGCAAUCGUUAUGUUCUGGCAUUUCUGGGCAACGUUCUUUUGCGUGAUUCUAGCUUUCCUGGGCAAGCCGUUUACGAGCCUGAUGGAGUCGCGGUGGGAACGCAAGCAGCGAACACACUUGCGCACGAACGGAGUGAACGGCCGAGAAAGUGCUCGAGCUUCGACCGAAGUCAAAGGGUUCAGCUUUGUGGGUUACGGACAGGACAAUUAG